GAUUAUCAGUUCAAUUUUCAUCGAUUUCUAGUUCUCAGACCAUUUCUCAGCUAUCAGUAAUUUUUGCAGAUCUCAACUAUCAGUUACAUGGAUAUUUUUGUAAAACAGCUGUACCCUAACAUGGUCCCAGAGGUUUUUCUUGAUUUUUCUUCUUUUCGCUCUUCAUGCGGAGAAAAAUCAAGAAAAACCUCUGGGACCAGGGUAGCUGUACCCCGACUCCCUCCCCCUAUCCGGCAUCCCCGGAUGUGAACAAUGCAGAGAGCUGGAGGGUGAAGGACCUUGAAGGGAUGAAAGAAAGUGGACUAAAAAGAUAUUGAGAGGAAAUAAGAGUUAAGUCUGCGAAACAAUGAAAUAAAAAACAAACGAAUUUCUAGUCUGUUUUGUUUUGAGAGUUGAAGUUUCUCGCUUUGAUUCCGAGCGAAAACUGGGUAUAGUCUCUCCAUGAAACAACAAAUAUGGCGGCCGUGGCGCAAAAAUUUCUGGUGCGGUCAGUAUGGUCUUCUUUUCUUAAGGUGUCCAAUCGUAGAGCAACAAUUCACACGAGAGUAACACUAGCUUCCACUCAUGAACACCCAUUGGGCAUUGGAGGCAGGAGUAAGUCAUUAGAACAACAUCAGAAGCAACAAAUGGCUCGUGGCCUCCCAAAAAAGAGGCCAAUAGCUGGAGUCAAGCAUGUGAUAGUGGUGGCAUCUGGCAAGGGAGGGGUUGGCAAGUCUACAACCUCAGUAAACUUGGCUUUAGGAAUGCAAGCAUGUAAUCAGUCGCUGCAUGUUGGACUUCUUGAUGCAGAUAUUUAUGGACCAUCUAUACCAAGGAUGAUGAAUCUUAAUGGACAACCAGAGCUGACAAAACAAGACCAGAUGAAGCCUUUGGUCAAUUUUGGCAUUCCCUGUAUGUCCAUGGGAUUCCUAGUGGAGGAAGGUGCACCAAUUGUUUGGAGAGGAUUAAUGGUCAUGUCUGCUGUUGAAAAGCUCUUACGGCAAGUGGCAUGGGGUGAGCUUGAUAUCCUUGUGAUUGACAUGCCACCUGGGACAGGAGACACCCAACUGUCAAUCUCACAGUCAAUACCCAUUUCAGGUGCUGUGAUAGUUACCACUCCUCAAGACAUUGCAUUGCUUGAUGCUCGCAGAGGAGCAGAAAUGUUCAGAAAGGUCAAAGUUCCGGUUCUUGGACUAGUCCAAAAUAUGAGCCACUAUGUGUGUCCACAAUGUCAGCACAAGGCCUACUUAUUUGGACAAGACGGAGCCAAAGAUGUUGCCAAGGAAAUGGACUUGGAGCUCUUAGGUGAUAUUCCCCUCCAUAUCAACAUAAGAGAAACAUCAGAUUCUGGAAAACCCAUUGUAGUUUCUCAACCAGACAGUCCUCAGACUUCUGCUUACAAAGCAAUUGCUAGCCGCAUCUUGGAAAAACUUUCCCCACACAGUGACCCAUUUCCUGUACAAGAACCUACAAGAUGACAGUAACUAGCUACCAUUUCUCAAAACAGUGAGUAGCCAAGAUCAAAUUCUGAUGAUUGGCUUUGCUUGGCUAUGAAGGGCCACUAUGAAAAUGCAACACCUUGGAGACAGCCAGCCAGAGCAAAUGUAGGCUAGCCCACUUCUUGUGCUAGUCCAGAUGUGUCUGUUGGAAGUAGACACCACUUUAUAGCAGUUGAAGAGAAAGCAGAAAUUCCCUCUUGGGCUCAAGAGAGUUGGCUAUCCAAUGUUAUCAUCAUAGUGCUGACAAUUUGCUAGCACCCAUCUUGUUGACAAUAUUUUGUCAUUGUUUUGUCAAAUUAGCCUUAACUAGUUACUCUUCGAGUGAAAGAAGCUUCAUUAUCUUAUGAAGACAAGACAAAGAUCAAACAAGUAUUUUUCUGCUCAACAAAUUUGUGUUUGAGACUCACUCUAUGAGUUAACAAGGACUGUGAGUAGUCUCCCUGAGUAGUCUUAUCUGGUCAAGCAAGGGCUCAUCUGAAUAAGAUCUGUCAUAUUGAUCCAAGUCCUGACAGUGGAGAAGGUGUACAGGUCAUUCACUGAUCUCCUUGGUACUCAUCGGAUUGGGGGUAGUCCAGAAUGCAAUAUAACUGGCAAGCAUCAUAGGCCAGCAAUGUGUGGAGAAAGCUAUGUAGUUCACUAUCUUUAGAAUGCACUGCAGGUCUAUGAACCAGCUAAUCCAUAGUGAUGUUAAUUUAUUCACUCAAACAUAGACUCGCAAUGUGCAGUUCAAGAAAAUUUCCAUACUCCCCUCACAGGAGGGAUUGGAAGUUCAUGGGGGUGGGGUGGGGGUCUAUCAGACCAAAAGAUUUAGACAUGUAUGAAGCUUAACUGAAAUUUCGAGAGGGGUGGGGUGGUCUUAGAAAAAGUCCCUUCCAUGAGGAAGGGGUA